GUGAGGGACAGUGCGGACCGGAAGUUGAGGCGUUCGCGGCGAUUAACGAGGGCCCGAAAUCCCAGGAUGAACUUGUGUCCGUCCCAGACAUCACCACAGGAGUCAUGAGGUGUCCCGUGUGUCACCAGCUUGACCCAGGCCACAGGCCAUUUACUCUGCCAGCACCUGCCGUGAUCCUGUCCCACCCCUGAGGAGGAAAUUAGCUCUUUGAAGAGAAAGUGCUUCCUUAUUGCAGGCACUGGCCUCUCACUGCAGGAGGUGGGGAAUGCCUGAGAAUAUCUGGUCUGGGUGAUCAGAACACACUGGGAUUAGCCACGGCAUGCCCCCUCCCAGAACAAGAGAGGGCAGGGGUCCGCGAGACCGACUCUCGGCUCCCAGUCAGGAAGAGGACCUGGAGAACUGGGACUGGAAUUGUCCAGAGACACGUCGCCUCUUCGAGGACGCCUUCUUCGGUGAUGAGGGUUGUAUCCGGCAGGGUUCUGAGGAGUGCCAGAAGUUCUGGACGUUCUUUGAACGCUUGCAGAGAUUCCAGCAUCUCAAGACCACCGGGAAGGAGGAGAAAGACUCUAGGCAUCCCAAGCACAGCAUCCCGGCACUGGCCGACCUACCUCGCGCUUAUGACCCACGCUACCGCAUCAACCUCUCCGUCCUUGGCCCCGACACUCGGCGCUCUCGGGGGCUAGGCCGGCGUCUGGACCCGGAGAGAGUGUCUGAGUUCCGCCAAGCCCUGUUGCACUACCUGGACUUUGGCCAGAAGCAGGCGUUCGGGCGGCUGGCCAAACUGCAGCGUGAGCGCAUGGCACUGCCCAUCGCCCAGUAUGGGGAUCGCAUCCUGCAGACGCUGAAGGAGCACCAGGUGGUGGUGGUGGCAGGUGACACGGGCUGCGGCAAGUCCACUCAGGUGCCCCAGUACCUGCUGGCCGCUGGCUUCAGUCACGUGGCAUGCACCCAGCCCCGGCGAAUCGCCUGCAUCUCACUGGCGAAGCGGGUUGGCUUUGAGAGCCUCAGUCAGUAUGGCUCCCAGGUCGGGUACCAGAUCCGUUUUGAGAGCACACGCUCGGCGGCCACCAAGAUUGUGUUCCUGACAGUGGGGCUGCUCCUGAGGCAAAUCCAGCGGGAGCCCGGCCUGCCGCAGUACCAGGUCCUGAUCGUGGAUGAGGUCCACGAGCGGCACCUCCACAACGACUUCCUCCUGGGUAUCCUUCGGCGCCUGCUGCCCCAGCGACCUGACCUCAAGGUCAUCCUCAUGUCAGCCACCAUCAACAUCUCGCUCUUUUCCAGCUAUUUCAGCGGUGCCCCCGUGGUACAGGUGCCCGGGAGGCUCUUCCCCAUCACGGUCGUGUACCAGCCGCAGGAGGCCGAGCCAACAACAUCCAAGUCGGAGAAGCUGGACCCGCGGCCCUUCCUCAGGGUGCUGGAGGCCAUUGACAAUAAGUACCCACCCGAGGAGCGGGGUGACCUCUUGGUCUUCCUCAGUGGCAUGGCGGAGAUCAGCGCCGUGCUCGAGGCCGCCCAGACCUACGCCAGCCACACCCAGCGCUGGGCGGUGCUGCCGCUGCACAGUGCCCUCUCUGUGGCCGACCAGGACAAGGUGUUCGACGUGGCCCCACCUGGAGUCCGGAAGUGCAUCCUCUCCACCAACAUCGCUGAAACCUCAGUCACCAUUGAUGGGAUCCGCUUUGUUGUAGAUUCUGGGAAGGUGAAGGAGAUGAGCUAUGACCCACAGGCCAAACUGCAGCGGCUGCAGGAGUUCUGGAUCAGUCAGGCCAGUGCUGAGCAGCGUAAGGGCCGGGCGGGCCGCACGGGCCCUGGUGUCUGCUUCCGCCUCUAUGCCGAAUCGGACUACGAUGCCUUCGCCCCCUACCCUGUCCCGGAGAUUCGGAGGGUCGCCCUGGAUGCGCUGGUGCUGCAGAUGAAGGGCAUGAGUGUGGGGGACCCCCGAACCUUCCCCUUCAUCGAGCCCCCCCCACCAACCAGCUUGGAAACGGCCAUCCUCUACCUCCGGGACCAGGGGGCCCUGGACAGCUCAGAGGCCCUCACCCCCAUCGGGUCCCUGCUGGCCCAGCUGCCUGUGGACGUCGUGAUUGGGAAGAUGCUGAUCCUGGGCUCCAUGUUCCACCUGGCGGAGCCUGUGCUCACCAUCGCCGCCGCCCUCAGCGUCCAGUCGCCCUUCACCCGCGGCGCCCAGAACAACCCCGAGUGUGCGGCGGCGCGGCGACCCCUGGAGAGUGACCAGGGCGACCCCUUCACGCUCUUCAACGUCUUCAACACCUGGGUGCAGGUGAAAUCUGAACGGAGCAGAAACUCUCGUAGGUGGUGCCGCCACCGGGGCAUAGAGGAGCAUCGGCUGUAUGAGAUGGCCAACCUGCGGCGCCAGUUCAAGGAGCUGUUGGAAGACCACGGGCUGCUGGCCAGGGCCCAGGCCUCGAAGCCGGGGGACAGCUACAGUCGGCUACGGCAGCGCCGGGAGCGCCAGGCGCUCUACCAGCUGAAGCGCCAGCAUGAGGAGGGCCAGGGACACAGGCGCAAGGUGCUGCGGCUCCAGGAGGACCAGGACGGCUGCUCCAGCGAUGAGGACCGGGGCGGCACAGCCUCCCAGGGGGCUGGCGACAACGUGGACAUCCAGGAUGUGAAGUUUAAGCUCCGGCACAACCUGGAACAGCUGCAGGCGGCCGCCAGCUCGGCCCAGGCCUUGACUCGGGACCAGAUGGCCCUGCUCAAGCUGGUGCUGGGCCGGGGCCUCUACCCCCAGCUUGCCAUCCCGGACCCGUUCAACAGCGGCCGCAAGGACUCGGACCAGAUCUUCCACACCGAGACCAAGCAGGGCGCCGUGCUGCACCCCACCUGCAUCUUCGCCAGCAACCCUGAGGUGCUGCACACACAGGACCAGGAGGCCAGGGGCGGCGACGGGAGCCGAGAUGACAAGGACAAGAGGAGCGACAAGGACAAGAGGAGCAGCACGCACCAGCUCCUCAGCUUCGUGUCCCUGCUGGAGACCAACAAAGUGUACCUGAUGAACUGCGUCCGCAUCCCCGCUCUGCAGGGAACAUAGAGGGAAGAGAGAAACCCUUCCUAGAGCCCUGGGAGAUGUUGUGGACGCUGAUUUCCACUGGCACCAAGAAAGCGAACUCUGAUCUGCUCCAUUAUGUCUUCGUUCAAACGUACUGAGUGGCCACCUGGCACCAGCCGCUAAGUUCUCUUCCGGGCGCUGGGGAUGCAGUCGUGAUCAGAAUGGACGAGAUUCCCUGUGUUCGUGGGGCUCAUGUAUAAGUGGGGGAGGCAGAUGGUAAGGAGAAGCACAAAUGUAAGAGACCACAGCAGAUGCUGUACCAGUGCCGGACGGAGGAAUGAAGUGGGGCGAGGGCCGGAGUACUGGUGGUCAGCAGGACCUUGGACAGAAACACGGCUUUGCUGGCUGAGAUGCUGCCUGAUAUUCAGUCCCCCCCGCGCUGCCCCUGCCCCGUAGUUUCUGAUGAUGGAGAAUUUUAAACAUGCACAAAAGUAGACAGAAUAGCACACUGCGCUCUCAUAUUCUAUCACCAGCCCCACAGCCCCUCGACCCGUGGCGAGUCCUGCCCUAUCCACUCACCCCCGCCCCAUCCCAUAGAAUUUUCCCCAACGCGUUAUCUUGACAGUUUUCAAAGAGAAAAGCUGAAAGAAGUGUAGAGUGAGCACUCAGUAUUCCCACUCCCCAGUCCUACAGCUGACAUUCGGUCUUGGCUUUAUCACCUCUCCACUCAUCAGUCUAUUUUAAUAGGUGGGCUUUCUUUUGAAUUUCUUGAUGCAUUUUAAAGUAAGUUUCUGGCAUCAGUACCCUUCACCUGUAAGCACUUCAGCAUGCUUCCCGUUAACUAGCAUUCAAUAUUUGUUUAUAUAUUUUGAGGAUAAAAGUUAGAGAGAGUGACACAUACACAUACUAAGCACGCCGUUUGACGAGUUUUGACAGACACACACGUGUAGCCCCAACCCUAAGAAGAUAGAGAUGGCCGCUGGCCUCCAGCGCAGGUGGUGACUCCCCUGACUUCUUGGAACCUGCUCUGUAUUUUACUCUUUAGUCUUCAUUAGUCUCUUUCUCCGAGUAGAAUUUCAGCUCCGUGGGGCGAGGACUGAGUCCAUCUUGUUCACAUUGUGUCUCUGGCACCAGAAGAGUGUCUGGCACAGAGUAGGCGUGUGGUCAGUAUUUGUUGCAGGGCUGGGUGGAUGGCUGCGUGGGUGGGUGGAUGCUUUGGAGAGACAGGUGGACGUCUGGAUGGGUGGGUGGGUGAGUUGGGGGUGGGCAGGAGCCCAGCCAGGCGGGGGCCUCUCUACGAUCGCGUCCUGCCCCUCCCGCCACUGCCU